CAUUGUGGGAUGCGAGUAAGAUGGAAGCAGCCGCUGAGAGCAUGUCAAAGCGUCAAUAAAGCACAAAUUUAUGUGUUACAUUUACCAAAUUAUUAAUUCCUUACCAUUUUGACAAAAACGCAACUGGUAAAAGUUUGUCAUUACAAGUGGAAACAGGAAACUGCGGGCAUGUCUGUACUGGGAGGUUUGCUGAGAGCUGGAGCGUCCUUGUGUCAGUCUGCUGGGACUCUGCUGCACACAGCCAGGACCAUUUCUACAGGUACAUGCCACCAGAUUAGGAUGCAUGCAAUUCCUCAACCUAAACAGGUGGACAGAUGGACUGAGAAGAGAAGCAUGUUUGGAGUUUAUGAUAACAUCGGCAUCCUGGGGGACUUUAAAGCUCAUCCCAAAGACCUAAUCAUAGCCCCCUGCUGGCUGAAAGCUUUUAAAGGUAAUGAACUUCAGCGUGCGAUUAGGAAAAAGAAGAUGGUCGGAGACAGAAUGAUGACUCUGGACAGACACAAUUUGGAGAAGAGGAUCCGCUUCCUCUACAGACGCCUCAACCGCUACGGCAAACAACGCUAAUGCUGGUCAGAGCAUAUCAGCCAAUGCAUCAGACCUGCAUAUAAGGACUGUCGCUUUGUUUAGUGGUGUGAUUUCAUUCUGUCACUGUACAUUUUGUUAAUAAAAGAUGAAGACAGUAUUUGUGUUUCAGGCUUUAUGUACUUAUUUGUUGUUUUUGGAUUCAGAAACAGCAGAUUUUCCUAAUGAACCCAAAAUAUGUUAAAAUAACCUGAAAAUACAUCAAAACCAUGAAAUAAAAAAGGCCACUUUGUUA